AUGGACCGACCACGAUCAACCUCACGCCCUCGACCCUCCUCACGACCAACAACACCCCUCCGCCCAAGCUCGCGCUCAUCACUACGAGAAGCUCACGGCUAUGGAAGCAACAUCGGCUCUGCAGGAUACACACAACCAGCCAUUAACGCCUUGGAACCUCAAUUUGCCGAGCUGGCCGACUCCAUGGCCGAUCUAGAGGCCAAUUUCAUGCACCUACAGCUGAUGCACGAGAGCUUGACGCGUUUCAGCGAGAGCUUUGCGAGUUUCCUCUACGGAUUGAAUAUGAAUGCGUUCUGUGUGGAUUUUCCUGAGGCACCUAUUGGUGAUUCGUUCAAGAGAGCCCAGCAGCAAGAGGAAGAGAAAGAGGAGAGAGAAGAACCGGUGCGACCGAUUGAUGACGGCGAGAUGACUUUCAUGACUACCGAUACUACCUUUGUUGAGAAUCCCCCCACCACCGUGUCGAAACCCACUUCCAAGUACAGUGCAGGCGGGCGCGUCGCAACGCGCGGUACUGGUAGUGCUCGCGGCGGCGCGACUAGUCGGUACACAACCCGAGGGACAGCACGCGGGGCUGCGCGCGGUGCUCGGCCAAGUGCGCUGCCUCGGGGCAGAGGAAUUGGGACGAGGUAA